AUGCUGCAAUCUUGUCUCCUGCACAUCGUCUACGGUGCCUUUACGGAAGAUGUCGCGCAAGCAGAACAGAUUAGCAAGAUGCUGAGAACACUCGUCGAUUCGGUACGGGAUCUUGGCUUCCUUAAGCAAGUGGUUGCUACCUUCCCCGGCUCACCUGCGUGGUUGCAGGCUGAGACGCAAGACUUGGUCGCAUCGCAGCCUCUAGAUGUAUCCAAUCAGUGGCAAACCUACAUCAGCGAGGAAUCGUUGAAAUUGUCUAUCUACACGCUGCUACUCAUGGACCAUCACGUCUUUUCGUGCUCCAAUAUCCGUCCCCUUCUCUCGACCAUGGAGUGUCUUUGGGAACUUCCACUUGCCGCGUCAUUGUGGGAGGCCGACAAUGCCGGCGUAUGGUACGAGAUACGCUGUCAAGAACACGGCGAGUCCGUUCCUGGCACCUCUCAGAUUGGCGAAACCCCUUUCAAGGGCUUCUUGUCUACGGCCACACAGUCGCUCCUUUCCGCAAUGCCAGAUCCUAAGCUGAUCAACAUGUUGGCGGCUUCACCCUUCGCUAUGAUGUGUAUCCUCACCAAUCUCGAUGCCUUAGUCAAGGACUUUACGCGGUGUUAUUAUCAGCUUCCGCCCAACCCCGCCGACCCGUCGGCCUUCCACAUUCUGACGCAGAGCCAGACACGGCAAGUCUGUUCUGCCCUCAGCGUACUAUCCGAAGUCGUAAAUGAGCGGCUAGGCGCCGCGAUGCUGGAGCCGGAGCAAUCGGUCUGGCAUGCAAGCCAAGUCCUAAUCUGGUCGAUCAAGCUGAGCCUCUGCCGGCCGGACGACCUCCUGGUCGGCGGUAUCGUGGAAAACCGCGUGUUUGCCAGCCUGGUCACCGCGACGCAUUUAACCAUGGGCAGCUACAUCACAUUCAAGCGAACCACGCACGCGACCCAGCAGCAUAAGAACAGCCACGACGGCAUGCUCGCCGUCAUCGACGACCUCAACAGUGCACUCUUCACUAUCUCUACGCUCACCCCUGGGUUAGCGAUGCGCGAGUUGCCCUGGAUCACAGCAGCCAGUUACCGGCUGCUCCUCACCAUUUGGCGGACGCUGCGCGUGGCAAAGGCCGACAUUCUCGAGAAAUUGGCCAAGUCCGACGCCAUGCUGAGCAACCGCUCCUCCGGUUCCAGCUUCCUUAUCUUCCACUCCAUCUUGGAGACGGUGGCCCACUGCGACCGACCACAAUACCAACACCAUGACCCUGGGACAGCUGCCCGCCAUCGGCCAUGGUCAUUUGAUGCAGACAACAUCACCGCCGAGGGUGAUGCCGAGCUGGUUGAGCUGAUUCAACGGAUCUGCAGGGCCCGAGCAGUUUGGAUGAUUGGACCGUCACUGGCGAACGCCAUGCAGGAUGCCACGGCCAGUGUAGCGGGCUAG